CCCUACAGGCCUCGACAGCCUGACGGGAGGAAAGAGUGCAAGAUCGCCGGAGGAGUCCGGGAUCCGCGCCCUCGCCUCGGCUCUUCCAACUGCCGCGGCCAGGACCCGGGGCCAGGAGCCGCCGCCGAGCCACCUGACACCUUUAAAUAGCACCGGGGCUGGCGAAACUGGAGCCCCGCGCGGCGCUCCCCGGCUCCAGCCCCGGAUUGCUGGAAGCCCCGGCGGCCGCGGCGGUGGUGCCCGCGUCAGCGCGCUCCUCUCGGGGCCCCGGGCGGCUCGGCUCGCCUCGGUCACCGCGCUAAUCACCCGGUGCCCGCCCGCGUCCAACUCGGCGCGGCCUCCUUCCCACCCCUCGCCGCCCUCCCGCACCGUCCGACGCCCGAGCUGCCCGCGGGCUGGGUCCCCGCGGCCCGAGCCUCCCCGGCCGGGCCCCCAGACGAGGCCGAGAUGACUUCCAAGGAGGACGGCAAGGCGGCGCCGGGGGAGGAGCGGCGGCGCAGCCCGCUAGACCACCUGCCGCCGCCCGCCAACUCCAACAAGCCGCUGACGCCAUUCAGCAUUGAGGACAUCCUCAACAAGCCGUCUGUGCGGAGAAGUUACUCGCUGUGCGGGGCGGCGCACCUGCUGGCCGCCGCCGACAAGCACGCACCGGGCGGCUUGCCCCUGGCGGGCCGCGCGCUACUCUCGCAGACUUCACCGCUUUGCGCGCUGGAGGAGCUCGCCAGCAAGACCUUUAAGGGACUGGAGGUCAGCGUCCUGCAGGCAGCCGAAGGCCGCGAUGGGAUGACUAUCUUUGGGCAGCGGCAGACCCCCAAGAAGCGGCGAAAGUCCCGCACGGCCUUCACGAAUCAUCAGAUCUACGAGUUGGAGAAACGCUUCCUAUACCAGAAGUACCUGUCCCCCGCAGAUCGCGACCAAAUCGCGCAGCAGCUGGGCCUCACCAACGCGCAGGUCAUCACCUGGUUCCAGAAUCGGCGUGCCAAGCUCAAACGGGACCUAGAGGAGAUGAAGGCCGACGUGGAGUCCGCCAAGAAACUGGGCCCCAGCGGGCAGAUGGACAUCGUAGCACUGGCGGAACUGGAGCAGAACUCGGAGGCCGCCGGCGGAGGCGGCGGCGGCUGCGGCAGGGCCAAAUCCAGGCCGGGCUCUCCGGCUCUCCCCACAGGCGCGCCGCAGGCCCCCGGCGCCGGGCCCUUGCAGCUCUCUCCGGCCUCUCCGCUAACGGACCAGCGGGCUAGCAGCCAGGACUGUUCGGAGGACGAGGAAGACGAAGAGAUCGACGUGGACGAUUGAGUGGCGCUUGGGAUCUUGCACCACCCCGGGUUCCGAACGCCCGCGUGCCCGCCGCCUCCCAGACCCGACCGGACCGCCGAGGGGAGCUGGGACCUCCUCUGCAACUCCCGCCUCCUCCCUUGUCCACGCGCCCGGUGUCCAGGCCCCCCCGGCAGCCGUCUCUCCCCUCUCGAAGCAAUAAAUCCGAUCUGGCCGGCCGGGCUGGCCAUAGAACGAGGCCUCCGCCGCCCCGGAGACCUCGCCGCCGUGCAAUUUUGUAUGGCUUCUGUAUAAAUAUUUAAACCUAUAUAGCAGGUCCUUCCCUUCGCCCGCAGCCUGAUGUUUUGAUUUCUUCUUCCUUUUCUUUCGUUUCUUUCUUCUUCUUCUUUUUUAAUAUCGCAGAGAUUUCGAUGUUUUUCAAAGCUCGCUGCUGCCGGGUUGGCGGAGGGUGAGGCAGAAUGGAGAGCGGUGAAUAUUAACCCCUGGGUCUAGAAGAGGGGCAACUCCUGCCGUUUUGAUUUUUCUCUGCAUGUGGCGAAUGCACCGGCCCGCUUCCUCUUUGAUUCCCUAGGCCUAUUAAAGUUGACUUUUAAAUUUUCCUUCUGGCCUUUUCUACCCCCCUCCCCACCUCAACCGCGUGGGAAGUGGGUAAGGGCAGCAGCCAGGUCCUGACUUGCAAGUUUCAAAACCAAUCUUUCCCUCCUCCCCACAUAAGAGAAGUCUGUUUUCGGUGCCAUUUCUGCCUCCAAUGCCCACUUGCUAUAUUUUUUAAGAUUCUUCCAUCCUUUCUGCAUUUUCUCGGGUGACCACUGGUUCUUAGGGACAACGCAGGUAGCCAACCAGCCAACCGACCAUCGAAAACAGAAUCCAAAGCCCUAGAAUUAUUUUUUACUCUUUAUAGAAUUUUUUUGCAUGUGACAGAGAGAUAGAGAGGAGGCCGACCCAAUCCCUUACCCUCACCCCCUUGCAGCUCUAGGUCUGACUUGCGGUCUGCGAUGCCCUGCUCCUAGCUCGACUUGGCCAGACAAGGCCUGAUGAGGGUGGGUUCCGAGCGCCCCUUUCCUGUUCCUGCCCUCUUCUCUGCGGACUGUACCCAAGGCCUCUUUCUCCGAUAAAUAAAAGUCUUUGCC